AGAGCAGCCGAAUUGCAAGGAGAUCGAUUGUGAGCGUAUCGCAGCGGAGCCACCAGCGCACGGCUCCCCAGUUCCAGCCUGCAGGAAGACGGGAAGUUUUAAUAAUGCAGCAAGGUGGGAUUUUCGAUGCAGCAACCGCUCGGGCUGCCGCCGGGGCAAGAAGGAGGCCGAGUUGGGGAGCGCAGCAUUGACGGCAGUGGGAUCACCGCAGGGCUGCGUGCCGCUCCCCGCACCGCGGCCCCGCAGCUGGAUUCCUCUUUUUUUUUUUUUUUCCCCCAUUCCCUCUUUUUAUUUUUAUUUUUUUAUUUCUCACCCACCCUCAAAGAAAUUUCUUUUUUUUUUUUUUUUUAAGAUUAAUUAUUAUCACUAAUAGAGGGCGGGGUGGCCAUGCCCUUCCCCAGGGCUGGGGAGUCCCCGCAGGGGAGCGGGGCCCGCCAGGCGCCGGGCUCCUCUGCCCUCCCUUUGCCUGCCCGCCGCCUCGCCAGCCCCCGCGCCCCGCUUCUCCCCCCUCCUUCCCCGGCUGUGGCAAAUCCUGCACUGCAAGAGAUCCGCUGGGCAUAGGGAGGGGAUCUCUCUGUUGUUGUGUUUUUUUUCUUCUCCCCUCCCUCCCCCGUCUCCCUACCCUCCACUUGAGACCUGAGGAAAUCCAGCCCAAGUUCUCCGCGAUGACUGCGCUGCUGGCAUCGGGGUAUCUCCGCGGUAUCCCUGCCUCUGGAGUGCCGCGCUGCUGCUCGCUCUGAAUCCUCGGCGCCGGGUGAAAGCUUAAUUCUCAUGCCGUGGUUGCUGGGCUGCCGCUUUCCUGCGUUUUGCGAUGGGAGGUGGAGGAGAAGGGAUUGUCCGUGAGUCAACGCUGAAAAUGUGAUUAGGAGGAACUGCUUUCACUAAUUUUUGUCUAACCUUUUAGUCCAUGUUGGCCUGUGACCCCUCACAGCUUUCAGAUCGAGCCUGAUUAGGUAAGUGUGAAUUAUUCACUUGGGGUGAGGGAAGGUGGAGGGAAGCGUUUUACUCAGGCACCUAGCGAUGGUCCUGGCCCCUCUCUGAUUGGAAAUGAUGAGAAAGUUGGGCUGUAAACUAAUUGCAAGCAGAGUGGUGCUUGUUUACUUGUUGCAGUCUGUCGGUGCGAGCUGUCUGCAGUCUGUCUGAUCUCCAGGAUCACCGCCUGGCAGUUGCCGUGGGACAGCUCGGAUAGCCACAGGCUGUAGGAAACACCGUGCUCUUAUUUAUGAGCUUCAGAGAACUUUUGGUUUUUAAUUUGGAGAGCUCCCUCCUCAAACUUCGGCACCUUCUCUCCAUUGUUUCAUGUUUCCCCGGACGUGAAUUACUUCAUUUGCUCCUGCUAUGUUGUGUUUGUUUGUUUGUUUGUUUCCUAAUUACCCACCAAUCUGCAGUAUUGCAACCUACCUGUAGCAUUUAGGCAGGCAUCCACUUUGGAGCUGGGUAAAGCAGUAUGAGCCUCCCAAAUCCCAAACAGUACGUUACAAUAGGUGCUGCUGGCCGGUGUAAGAAGGUGCCUGGUCCUUGUGCUGGGAAUGCAGCUAGCACUUCAAUUAAGAAGAUAUCUUUUGAAUUUGAUAAAGCUUGUGUAAUAUCCGGUGUCUCCCUCUGUUGUGGCUUUGGAAAAACUGCUUUGUCAACAGGAUCCCUCAACUGCUUCUCCAGGAGUAAAGCGUGCUGCCACUGCUGCUUUUCUUCAGCUAAGGAGAACGAAUUGCUCAACAUCUUCAGCCUGUCCAAAAUUCCAGUGCUGAAGGAAUACCCCCUUGGGGUGGAGGGGGGCAUGUUUGGCUGUGCGUGUAGACAAUGCGCGUUGUGCACUGUGCGUCUGCCUGUCCACAGACAAGCCAUGCUUGGUGAGUGCUUCCCCUCCUCAAUACAGAGCUAACAUCUUAUCUCACUGAAAAGUUUGCUGCGGCACUUUGCCCAGUCCUCCCUAGAGGGGUCAGAACCCACCGCACAGCUGCUGCUCGCGGGGCCGGGCAGUGAUGUGGCACAGCAGGCAACCAAUCGCACACCCAGGGAUGCAUGGAGCCUCACUCCAAGCUCAGCCCUGGGGCCAGGCAAAGCUGCUCCCUCUGCGGAGCUGAGCACAGCAAGGUCGGGCUGUGCUGCAGCGCUCCCGAAGUUUUAGUGAGGUUCCAGCCACGAUUCAGCAGCUCUGCACACCAUACAGGCAUUUAGCAUCCUGCUCUCAGCAUUUCUCCAAGGGAAGCACCGGAAUGCUGAAUACUGGAGGAGAAUCGCAUCGUGUGUUUGGUCAGGAUCAUACAGACCUGCUGCUGACAGCCCAGGCAGCCCUUCUUCGUCUUCCUAAAUGCUGCAUGUGAAACUGCCGUUCCAUCUCAUGCAACGGGUACAAUCCAGCUCCAUCUUCUAUGCUGGACGCAGAUCUGCCUGCAGAGUGUGCUUCCCUUGUUCUUCUGCCCCCCUUUGUUUGAUGAAGAGGGCUGAGUGCCACACAGAGCACGGAGGGACGGUGGCCACAUCUGGAGGUCAAGGCCAUGCUUAAGCUGGGGUUCAAAUCCCUCCGGGCUGUCCAUCCCCAUGCAACUCCAGGCAGCUGCUCUAAGUUCUGGUGCAACAGAAAACUCUGCACAUGAGGGAAAUAUAAAUGAGACCACGACACUGGUCUCCUUAUGGAAGCAGCUGUUUCUAUCCGGCCCUGAGAUCCCAUGGAGAAGCUGAGGAGGGGGAUGGCUCUUCACAUCCAUGAAGCCUGGAUACUGCUGUUUGUAAUCCCUGGCUUGGUCACACCGGCUGCCAUCAACCACGAAGACUACCCUGCCGAUGAAGGGGACCAGACCUCCAGCAAUGACAAUCUGAUCUUUGAUGACUACCGAGGGAAGGGUUGCGUGGAUGACAGUGGCUUUGUGUACAAACUGGGAGAACGGUUUUUCCCGGGGCAUUCCAACUGUCCCUGCGUUUGUACUGAGGAUGGACCUGUUUGUGAUCAACCCGAAUGCCCUAAAAUCCACCCAAAGUGUACAAAAGUGGAGCACAAUGGAUGCUGUCCGGAAUGCAAGGAAGUGAAAAACUUUUGUGAAUAUCACGGAAAAAAUUACAAAAUAUUGGAGGAAUUUAAGCCCUCGCCAUGCGAAUGGUGUCGCUGCGAGCCCAGCAAUGAAGUUCACUGUGUUGUAGCAGACUGCGCAGUUCCCGAGUGUGUCAACCCGGUCUAUGAACCAGAGCAGUGUUGUCCGGUCUGCAAAAAUGGUCCCAACUGCUUCGCAGGAACCACCAUCAUCCCCGCGGGCAUCGAGGUGAAGGUGGACGACUGCAACAUCUGCCACUGCCACAACGGGGACUGGUGGAAGCCAGCGCAGUGCUCCAAGCGCGAGUGCCAGGGCAAGCAGGCUCUGUAGCUGCAGAACCCCUCGCUGCCGCCGCGACUGCGGCUCCAACGCGUCCCAGCUCCUCCAGCUGCUGCAGGGUCACCACCGAGGCCACCGGGCACUCCUGGCAGGACAGGGUUUCCCUCCCUGCCCUCUUGCUUUCGGCCCCACGUACCCAGCACCUAGGUAGCUGCUCCGCUUUUGUGAUUAUCGGCGCUCAGUAGGGAUUCUGUGGUGAGAUGUGGAGAGGAAGAAGAAGAGAAAAUGCAACGUCCGGCGCAAGCUCUUUGACUGGCGAUGCCUCCGAGGCGCCGCUUCGCUCACUGCUCUCACUUCCGACGGCGCGGAUCGCGGUUUUCCACAGUCAUUUCUUUUGCUGUUGUGAUUUAUUUGUGAUAACUUUUUUAAGCCGAAGCUGGGAUGGUCGGGGCAAUACAGCUAUGAGCGAAGCAGCGGGUGGUCUCCGUGGUGUCUGUGGGGGGGCACUAAGGACAGGAGGGGGCAUGGGCCAGCAGCGGGGAUGGGGCUGAGCCCAACGCUGGGUCUGUGCUGACCUUCCCCACCACGUGGGGACAGCAAUGCUGAGGAUGUUGACAUGGGCACCGUGAGCUUGUGGCCAUGUCUCACGAGGACAUCAAGAGCACGGCAUCUUACCCAGGUCAGAGAGGCACGGUGUCUCCCCACAGCUCUUUGCUGGGGCCGGUUGCUCUCCCUCUGAUUCACUAGUACUGUGCCAGUCACCGCUCACACUCCGUUUGCUGCUUUUUGCCCAUUGCCAUUAGGACAAGGGUGGUUAUUUCGGUCAGCCUUCAGCCCAGCACCUGCUCUUAGCAGUGACGAUGGCAAAUCCAACCAGCACAUGCAUCGAGGCGGUCUCGGUUGGUGCACAGCUGCCUUUGUAUUUUCAUUUCUUCCCCAUUCUGCAUUUCAGCAGAGGGCAGAUCCUUAGCUGGGGUGGGUCAAGCACUGGUGCAGCCACUGCUGUGCUUGGGCUGAGGAUGCGCUCCCUUCUGGCACCGCGAACAAAGCCAUCGUCACCUUGGUUUAUCAGCUGCUCUCUGCCAAUACCAUCCAUCCCUUUUCAAAGUUUUCAAACAAUAGCGUGCCUGAAACUAGUGAGGGAAAAACAAACAAAAAAAAACCUAUUCUGUAAAAAAAAAAAAAAGGGGGGGGGGGGGGGAGGGGGUUCUAGAAACAAUAUUUGAUGUGUAAAAGAAUAUAUUAUUAAAAAAAAUUAUUUUGUUAAAUAUAAAGUGUGUGAACCAGCAAAAAAAAAACCCUCUAUAUCUGUGGUGUAUUUUCCUCUGCUGAUUUCCCCACCCCAGUUCACCAUCACAUCGCUACCUGCAGCUCCAAGGCCCUCCCCUCAACCUCCACAUGCUCUUUUCCCUUCACUGGUGCCAUUUGAUAUUCAGCCCCACGUCCCAAAUGUGGGAAUUUGCUUUCUGUUCACAAACUCCUUUUGCUACCUCCAGAUGCAUCAUUAUUUACACUGAUUAGUAGUUACUCUAAUUAAUUACAGCUUAAUUACUGUAGUUAAUGUUUGUACAGUGCUUGGAACAGGUACGGUGCUAUACGUGCCGGUUAUUAUUAUUUUCUCCAUUAUUAAUUAAACACCAUCAACAUUC